UAUUGUACAGUGAAAGCGUGAGGGCACGGCGUCGUGCGUUGCAGCAGCAAAAGCAGCAAUAGCUUUCUGAACUAAGCGUUGGUCGCUGACGGUAGUUUAGAGACCGGGUGCAGUGUACGAGUGUGUAAUUUUACAAAGCCACUUACACCCGUGUUUGCUCCAAAUGUCGCUCCGACACGACGACACCGCCGUCCGCUCAAGGAAGUCGAGUUCACAGUGAAAGUGUUGAAUUUUUAAUGUAGUGUUUUACAGCGAAAACCCAACCAUUUGCUCCCUGUGCCCGUACACCUCCGGCUGUGGGCUCUCGGACUCUUGCUAAACUUCUUUCGGUGUGUGUUUAGUUAGCUUUUGUUUGCUUCUUACCGUGCGUCGGUUUUUGCAAAUAAGAAACAGCUUCAGCUGCAAGUUCAGUUCCAAACCCGCGUGCCAAAAGUUCUUCUGGAUGUGUUUCCGGUUUUGUUUACUGUGCGCAUUACGGCGAGAAAGGUUUUGCGUGUCCUAGAAUCCGGUUGCGAAGCGAAGUGACACAGUAAGCUUCCGAACGGCACAAGAACCACGUCAAUCAUCAUCACCCGUGGCCGUUUUCAGAAUUAUUUGCCUACUCCCACUGACCGAGUGACCGACAAAGUACGGCGGCUGCAGCGAAGUAGAAGCAAGAAGCGAAACUCAUCCAAAUCGACAGCAGAGAAGCCACGGUGACGGGGGAAGUGUUUCUACGUGUGUCUGUGUUGGCCGGUUGGCCCCCUGCCAGGCAACACCGUAAUCAUCAUCAACAGCGUCAUCAUCAUCAUAGUCAACACCUCACCUGGCGUGGCGUGAGGCAAUUACGCCGGUGAAAAAGCAUUGAAGAAAAAGGGGGGAAAACCUCACAUACAUCCACACACGCACCCCGACACCUCGCUAGUGAGUUAAACGAGCGAAUGGACGAGCAAACGGGGCUUUUGCUCACAUGUUAGGUAAAUAAAAAAAUGCGAUUACACGCAAGGAUUCGUUGAUCACCCGAUCAUGUUCGAGCGGCGGCCGGUUCUGGGCGUGCUGGGUUGUCUGACGCUCGUGCUCACGAUAUGGCAGAUCUCGCCACGCGAUGUGACCGUCUACCGGGAAGCCACCUCCCCAUACCUGCCAUCCGGUCAGCUAUCUCUCACCGCAUCCGCAUCGAUAUCCUCCGGGAAACAAAUCGACCAACAAAAGCUCCCGUACGAUAGCGAUGAGAACAAUGCCAUCGACGACCGCAAAUCCGUCAACGAUGCGUUACCACCACCCUUUGGAUAUAGUAGCAACAGGGAGUUUAGCAACGGCGGAACUAGUGGGACAUAUCUGGUGAACCAAACAUCGCCCGGCUGGCUGGUGGCUGCGGCAGCCGCCGCUGUAGCUGCCUCGCCAACCGGCAUCCGCACAGUCACCCCGGGCAGAUACCGAUGGAAUGGCAAUGCGCGGGUGCGAGGCCGGGAGGAUGGCAGGGAAGCGGAUCUAGUUUCGCAUAAGGCUCCAACCAGCAGUAGCAGUAGUAGCAUUAGCAGUAGUACACAGUCGACUGCAUCGUUAACAGUAGCUAGCGCGUGGGGAGAUUCUUUGCCAAAUGAUGACUACACUAGUCUGAUCGAUCUGAAGGACUUUAAGUUCACCAUAAACUAUGAUUACUGCGGGACGGGGACGGGCGGAAGCCGGCAAAGACGUAGCCUUAAGCGUGCAGAUGCCUUACGGGGCACGCGGUCACCUGCGACGGCGUCGCCACCGCUAGUGUUAGUCCUAAUCCACUCGGCGCCCGCCAAUCUGGCCAAGCGCAACACGAUCCGGGCAACGUGGGGCGAACCGGACGAACGGGCCCGCCUCAUCUUUCUGAUGGGCGCCGUCAGUUCCAACGCAAGCCAGCGGGCCAUCGAGCGCGAGUCGCGCCUGUACGACGACAUCGUGCAGGGCAACUUUGUCGAUGCGUACCGCAACAUGACCUACAAGCAUGUGAUGGCCCUGAAGUGGUUCGUCUAUCACUGCCCGGGAGCGCACUACGUGCUCAAGACGGACGAUGACGUCUUCAUCAACACGCCCGUGCUGUACAACGCGCUGGGGCGGGUUGUACCGCAGCGUAACUUGCUGCUGUGUCAGCUGGUGACGAAGCUGAGCGUGAAGCGCACGCACCGGUCGAAGUGGUUCGUGAGUUGGCGCGAAUACCCGUCACGGUACUAUCCGCCACACUGUCCCGGCUACUCGAUCCUUUACUCGCCGGACGUUGCCUGGCAGCUGUACCGCGAGGCACAGCGUCAACCGUUCUUCUGGAUCGACGAUGUGCAUAUCACGGGCACGGUGGCGCAGCAAGUGAACGUUACUAUCACGCCAAUGGACGGGCUGUAUCUUGAUAGCGAGGCCAAGAGCGAUCUGCUUGAAAACCGGGUCGAUGCUAGCCACGCGGUGUUCUUUUUUACCAACCCGAAUCUUUCGAUGGAUGAGAUCCAGCGGCUCUGGGAGACGGUACGGCCUGGUCGAUAGCAUGCGCCGGUAUCGGCGAGCAAUGCGCUGCAUGAUGCUUGUGAUAAGGAGCUUGAGAGGAGGGUACGCCAGCAGGCAAAGGGUUGAGUAGUGCAUACCAAUUUUUCAAAAGUGUCCCUAUCCGGGAUUCCCUUUUAGAUUUUUUUUUUGGGGGGCUGGUGUAUCCCGUUGACACCAUAGCCUACGUCUGUAUGAGUGUCUUUGCUGCAGUUUGUUUGAUAGCAUUUUUUUUAUCGGGAUCAAUCGUUCCGGUCUUCUUCCACAGAUAUGAAUAUAUGAACUUCAUUUUGAGUUCCUUAGCAUGUGUCAACGGAUAUACAGGCUAGAAACGAUUGAAGAAAAGUUCCUUAAUCCACUGAGUGUUUUAUGCAAAAGUAAACCACGAGACAGACAAUUCUGUCGUUUUGUUUUGCCUCUAACCAAACAUUGAUUUACGCACUGCUUGCAACCGAGAGAGAGCGAAGCCGCCCGAAAGAAGUAAUCGAGGGGAAAAAAUGGAAAUUGUGCAUUCUAGGAAAUAAAAUCAGCAUCUAAACCAAAAGCAAGUUAAGUCUAAUUGUGAACAUAGGAAUGAAGAAUGAACAAACACUAAUGCGCAUAGGGAUAUGUCUUGGAAGUAGAACAUGCAAUCCAACGCUCAAAGAUCUUAAUAGGAAGGAUAAUUAAAUAAAUCGUCAAAUGUAUUGUGUUUACUACAAAUGAAAGCCAUAUAUACAUAAGUACAUAAAUAAAUAUAUAUUUAUAAAUCUUAGGAGACUCGCACAGCUGCUCAGGAUCGGGUUCGCAAAAAACAGACUGUGUGGCGUAAAUAUGUGUAGGGUGAAACCGUGUGCACAACUAGGAAUCUAAUAUUUAAAACAACUGUGUCGACUGUUUUAAACGCUAGCUUGUAGCAAUGGACGAAACGCACUCAAGUUCGAAUCGAUCGAUCAACUUUUCCCUAUUUAGAAGGUACGUUUCCCUGAAGAGAUUAAACAGAAGAUGGAGAUAGGUUGUUGGAAAUGGGAGAAAAAGCACACACAUACACAUAGAAACAGUAAGAAAAUGAACGUUAACAUAAAACGACCACCCCUGAUGGGAAGUUAAGGAACACACACACACCCAUUUACGAAACGUUGCAAAUUAGCCAAGACGUCCAAGGUGGACCGAUACUGUACAUAAAUGAAACUCCAACCUAAGAGCUUUGAAUCGAUUCAUAACUAUUCUGUUAAAUUUUGUGAUUUUUGUGAUAAAUGUGCUAGGUUUAUUGCGGUCGGCGGCAGGCUGAUAAUUUUCCUGUAUAAAGUUGAAGUUGGUUUAGGAGCUCGCGCUAGCACGACGGAAUUGUAUUUGGCCUAGCAUUGUUGCUUCAAUCUCCUGGCCUAACUAUACCCCUCUUUACCGGUUAGCUGACUGUUUUCCUCUAGUUUGAUUUGCUUUUUAGAAGAAAAACUAUGUUUUGUUUUGUACUUUCGUUUGUGAUGAUUUUGUUUUGAAUGCUGUCGUUUUUUUUUAAAUUGAAACUACAACAGUUAGCAAAUGGUCCCUCUGUAUUCAGAUGCGCACCAGUGGCAGCAAGUAAUAGAAACCCCACUAAACGUUAGUUAUCCACAUCCUUCGGAUCCACUGUUCUUUCACGUGCAAUUUUAUAGACCGUGUGCCGUAUUAAAUGCACCGUUUCUGUAGCUUGUUAUUGAAGCGGAAGUGGGUAGCAGUGUGUGGUCAAAUGGUAUAUAUAUAUACAUGUAGAUAAGCAGAAUAGGUUUCCAAGUUUUCUAUUCCAUUUCCUUCUUUCCAGCGAGAACUGAGUACAAUCUAAAAAUUCUACAAAUGAGCGCGUUAGGUCGUCCUUCAAAACAAAUUGUAUAGCUGCAGGAAGUUUAAAUCAAAACGUGCGGUAUGGUAGCAUGGUAGGAGAAACUAACAUCUUCCAACGUUUCGUAGUAUUUCGAAUUCUAGCGCAAAACGUAUAUAUUUAAAAUCUGCUAUCCGUUCGGCGCGCGUGCAGUUGCAACCGGCGAACCCCAGUGGAGACACGGUGGAGGGAUAAUCGAACACUUUAUCCGGUACACUUUUCCCCGCUCGUCUAAUGACCAUUAUCGGUAGGGCAUUCCGUAGCACCAAACCUAUCGAUCGAGUAUCCCUUUUUCGUGUUAUAAAAUCUGAUUCAUUUUUGGGAGCAAUACGACACAACUAGGAUCUUCUUACUGCGCAGGGCAAAAGCGGUCGUUGUGCUGACACGUGGAAGAUCAAACUUACAUAAAAGAAAGAAAUUUAACUAACCGUUAAUGUAGCUAGAUAAUAAAGGAAAACCUCUAUUUCUUGUUAGUGUAGCAUAAAGUAUGUUCAUAUAAUAGGGUCAACGGCGAACAAAAUGAUAUUGAAAGCUAGAAUGGAAAACUAGACAAUUGGUACCGGUGUGCAUAGAUUGAUAUAUUUUAAAGGAAAAGUGUAUGUGCGGGCAAGGGUUAGAACAAAAAGGGAUGUGCGGGACAGUGGAAGAUCAUGCCGUCGGCAAUCCCCGAACUGCAAAUUCUUGCAAAGGAAACGAUCUGAGGAACAAGUAGUAUAUGUAUGUCGGCAAAGGGAACAAACCCCGAGGAAAAGUAAACGUGAGCAAAGGUAAA